AUGGGCGAUCUUCCUUCAAUGCGUGUUCAGGAGGCAAGGCCGUUCGCCCAUGUUGGAGUAGAUUUUUGCGGACCCUUUCUCAUCAAGGAGAAAAAGCACCGUAAUCGUACAAAAAUCAAAACAUACGUAUGCGUGUUCAUAUGCAUGUGCGUGAAGGCCGUUCACCUCGAAUUGGUAAGCGACUUAACAUCUGAAGGGUUCCUUGCCGCGCUACGAAGAUUUAUAUCGAGACGAGGGUUACCCGAACACGUCUAUUCCAAUAACGGAACCAAUUUCGUAGGUGCGCAUAAUCAGUUAAAGGAAAUGUACUCCUUAUUCAACCUCGUAUUCAACUCUCAGCAGCAUCAGGACAUUAUAUACAAAUUCACAAGCGAGCACCGCGUCCGAUGGCAUUUUAUUCCCCCGGCCGCUCCACAUUUCGGCGGUUUAUGGGAGUCGACUGUGAAGCUGUUCAAGCAUCACAUGAGACGCGUCGUAGGAGACUUCUUGUUCACGUUUGAGGAGCUCAAUACGUUUAUAGCCGAAGUCGAGGGCAUUCUAAACUCUAGGCUAAUUACGGCACUCUCAUCCGAUCCAAACGAUCCACAGGCUUUAACGCCUGCCCACUAUCUCAUUGGCAAACCUAUAACAGCCCUCCCAGAGGAAUACUUAAGCGAGCUGCAAAAGCGGAGCAAGUGGGACAAGGCUGGACCUAAACUUGAGCCCGGAACAACGGUGCUCCUAAAAAAUAAAGGGUUACCUUGUACGCAAUGGGCGCUAGGCAAAGUCAUCGCAUUAUUCCCAGGCGACGACGGAAUAUCUAGAGUCGCUACUGUCAGAACAAAGGACGGAGAAAUAAAGAGACCAACCAGGCUUCUCUGCCCUCUCCCGAUCGAAUCAGUCAAUAAUGCUUGA